AUGCAAUGGGGAUCUGGUCCCGCUCUGAAGAAACCUACAGCUGCUAAUUAUGAAGUGGAGCAUAUACUUGAGUGGCAACUUGUCACUGGCUUUUUUGACUGGUUGUCAAACACGCAUUUCGGCGGCCAAACCUUCCCCAACCCUGAGCCACUCUCAGCUUCGAGAAUCGAUUUCUGCCAGUACUGGCUGAAAUUCUGGGACUACCGGUUCCCAAUUGGUCAGCAUACUCGUAACGCGGAGGAACACAUCCAGCACGCGUUUCCAUAUAAGAACGGCCCGUACGAAAACGAGUUUGUAUGGCUUGAUGCUGACAUCAACGCGCCGGCAAAGGCGGAGAUGUGGAAGGAGAAGUCAAGACCGGGUAUUUACGGGAAAGCUGGACUCAACGGCCAAAUUAAGCGCGUUGACAAGGCCCAAACGGCAGCACUUAGGCUCAAGUGGCUUAUGGGGGCCCGAAAGUAUCUGAGAGAUCCUACUAUCGAGAAAUAUUUUAGCCUUCAGGAGUGGCGAAUCGGAGAAAUACUGGAUGGAAUUGACACGGCGCUGCCACAUUAUCCAAGGGCGGCGAAUUUUGGUGUUUGGCAACGGCGGGGACUUAAGAGCCUGUGGGACCAAUACAUGGAUCAGAAAUUUGCAACUGCAGUUUCCCGGACGAUGCACACUAUGGACACAAACCUUAAGGAACUAGAGCGCCGAUAUGUUCCAGGCAGAAGAUCAAACCAACCGGCUCACGGCACGUUGGAAUACGUCGUCAUGGUAACGGUCAAAGCACUUUCCACGGAAUGGAGAAAGGAGAAGCGCUCAAAAUGGGAGGCCCCCUGGGUGAAGAAGCCAAUUGGUCCCGGUGGAACGUUCCAGCAACCAGAAGAAGUGCUUCCCGGGCCUGACUUCCCUUAG